GCGUGACUCGAGGUCACGUGACUGUGCUGUUUGCUAACAACUCGAGACUGAGACGAGAAAGUGCUGAGAGGAUUUAUUCUCUUGAAUUCGCGCGUUUUAUACGAGACAUGCAGACGAAAUAUUUGAUUUAGCGUCACGCUUUUGUUGUUUAUACAUUUUUAACACAAACGAGUGAAGCAGCAGCGAGCUCCAGUCUAACUCUCAGUGCUAAAGAUGAAUGCUCUGGUAGCUUUGUGUCACUUCUGUGAGCUCCAUGGCCCUCGGACACUAUUCUGUACCGAGGCGCUACACCCUCCAUCCCCAGACCCCUCCUCUCAGGUGGGCACCCCGGUUCCAGGGGACAGAGAUGCUGAUCGGGAGGGUGAAGGUCUGACCAUGAGGGCCAGCGGGUCUGUGUCUCAAAGAGGGGAGAUGUGUGAGGGAUGCCGAUCUCUACCUGCGUCUCACCCAGGCUUCGUGAGCAUCGAUGAUGAAACAGGAAUUCGCUUUGUGAGCCAUCAGCACCCCAGACAGUCUCAGCUUUUCAGUGUAGUUCGUCAGGCUUGUGUACGCAGUCUCAGCUGUGAGGUGUGCCCUGGGCGUGAAGGGCCGAUCUUUUUCGGUGAUGAACAACACGGGUUUGUGUUCUCACACACGUUCUUCAUCAAGGACAGCCUGGCCCGUGGGUUUCAGCGCUGGUACAGUAUAGUUGUAGUGGCCAUGGACAGGAUCUACCUCAUCAACUCCUGGCCUUUCCUGUUACGACACCUCAAACUCACUAUACAAAGUCUGCAAAGCACAGCUCUAAAGGUGUUUGACACUGAACAGGGAAUUUGUCCCCAGCGAGCUCUGAGGAUGAACAGCGUGUUUUCUCCUGCGGUUUUUCCACAUCAAAGAAGUGGCAACGCAGCCCGAUCGCUAACUUCUCUCACUCAGCAUCCCAAUCUCUGGGCCAGCCUGCAUUGCUCCUUCAGCUGGUUACUGAAAGCCUGUGGUUGUCGUCUGACAGAAAAGCUCCUUGAAGGAGCCCCAACAGAGGACACGCUGGUUCUUCUUGAGAGAAAAACAGAGCAAGAGGAGGAAAUGAGCUGCUGGGAAGGAGCCGAGGGAAGGGGAUCAAAGUCGCCGCUGCACCAAUCAGAGAGCAGCCACUUCCACUUCCUGUAUGACGCUUCGAAGUCAGAUGAAAUACCUGGUCCCAAGUUCAGAUCGCUGAGACAUUUGAGACAGGUCCUCGGGGCGAAUGACUUUCGACAGCUAGCAUGGCACGUGCUCAUGGGAAACCAGGUCAUAUGGAGGAGCACAGACCCAGGGCUGGUACAGUCGGCAUUUACAGUGCUAAAGUCUUUGCUGCCGGUCGGCUGUGUGCGCUCUGUGCCGUACAGCCCUCAGUAUGAAGAAGCUUACAAAUGCAACUUUCUGGGUCUCAGCACGGACGUCCCUAUCCCAGCCCACGUCAGCUCCUCAGAGUUUUCAGUGCUGGUGGACGUUGCCGUUAGGAGCUGUCAGGUCGCGGCUGCAGAUGAAGACGAUGUCGGCCCAAUUUAUCAGUUCACCAUCAGCAGUGCCAACACUCAGCCCACAGACAGGGGUCCAACGUUGCUCAAUAAGCUUGAAGUGGCUUUGUCUAACGAGAACCUGUCUGUGGACGUUGUGUCUCACUGCCUGCUGUGCUUGAAGGAGGAGUGGAUGAAUAAAGUCAAGGUGCUGUUCAAGUUUUCCAAAGUGGACGGUCGUGGGAGGGAGGACACCCAGAAGGUUCUGGCCCUGCUCGGUGCCACAGGGCCCGGCGAGGAGGACAAUGUCCGGCUGCUGAAGUUCUGGAUGACUGGACUGAGUAAAACCUACAAGAGUCAUUUGAUGACGGCUGUACGGGGGGGAGAGAGGAGCCCAAGUCAGUGAAGAGUAAAGAAAAGGGAAUCGGUCUAAACCCGUUUUGUGGGUUUUGGGUUUUCCGUGGAACGAAGAGGCUCUGUGAUUGGACGAUGGCAUCCAUGAUUGUCUUUUUAUGUAAUGAGAAUCUGUUCUAACCUCGGAUGAUUAUCCUGCACAGAUUAACACAGCGACUCGCUUUGGAUAAUGCGUGGGGGGCGGGGCCUUAUUGUUAAAGGGAAACCUGGUGUGUAAAGUUUAACUUAUUACCAAGCGCCUUCGCACUUUAACUCAUGCAGAUGUUUCAGAAUAAAAUUAAGUAUCAUCUGA